GUUGGGGCGGGGGCUGGUGCCGGUGUCCUGUCACGGGCGGCACCGGUAAGCGGCGGGCGGGGCGGUGCGGUCCGGUCCGUGUCAGCGGGGGACGCGGGGCACGGGACCGGUCCCAGCCACAGCGGCCGUGAGGGUCCGCCGGGGCUCCGGCUGUCUCGGAGGGAAAAUGAUGUCCGAAAGCAGCUCCUUCGUGAAGGGGGUGGUGCUGGGAGGAGCCUUCUGCAUGCUGGUCACACUCCUGGGACACAUGAAGGUAGGCCACGGGACUAAAGCCCAUCGCCACGAGCAUCAUCAUAUCCAGGCUCCCAACAAAGAAGAUGUCCUAAACCUGUCAGAAGGUGAACGCAUGGAGCUUAGUAAAAGUAUCCGCGUUUAUUGUAUCAUCCUCGUGAAACCCAAAGAUCUGGGGCACUGGGCUGCAGUCAGAGAGACAUGGAGCAAGCACUGCGACAAGGUGGAAUUCUACAGCUCAGAAAAUGUCAAAGUGUUUGACUCUGUAGCCCUUAACACAAAUGAUAUGUGGGUGAUGAUGAGAAAAGCUUACAAGAUAACAUAUGAACGCUAUAAAGAUGAAUUCAGCUGGUUCUUCCUUGCGUAUCCAACAACAUUUGCUAUUAUUGAAAACCUCAAAUAUUUCUUACUGAAAAAAGACCCCUCACAGCCUUUUUAUAUAGGCCACACUGUGAAAUCUGGUGACCUUGAGUAUGUAGAUGGUGAGGGAGGAAUCGUCUUAAGCAUUGAAUCACUAAGACGAUUCUCCCGUAUUGUUGAAGACUCUGACAAGUGCCCAGAGCAAGGAGGCAUGAUUUGGAAGCUUGCGGAGGACAAACAGCUCGCGAUCUGCCUGAAGUACACUGGAGUGUUUGCUGAAAAUGCAGAAGAUUCAGAAGGAAAAGAUGUCUUCAACACCAAGUCGGUCAAUGCUCUCAUUAAGGAAGCAAUGUCUACUCACCCUCAGCAGGUGGUGGAUGGCUGCUGCUCUGACAUGGCCAUCACCUUCAGCGGUCUGGCCCCGAACCACAUGCAUGUGAUGAUGUAUGGUGUCUACAGGCUGCGACCCUACGGCCACACAUACAACGAUGCACUGGUGUUCUUGCCACCUCCAGGCUCAGACAAUGACUGAUGUGUCCUCAAAGCAGACCUGGAACCACAGAGGUGGCUCUUCUCACCACAUACGUUUGUACUGACACGUUUCAUUUUGUACCUGGUGGUACUGGUGUACAGGUUCUUUUUGCACAUUGAGGUUUGGUAAAGCUCUUCAUUUUAAAAGUGGAAGGAGAACUUUUUUCUAAAUCUUUUAUACAGAAAUGUUUCUGGCUUUUGACACUGCUGGAAUGAAAUUAUAAAUAAAUUGUUAAUGUUUAUAAUAAAAGGAAAUUAAGUUUAUAUGGGGGGUUUGUACAUGUAAAUAUUUAUUAAUGAAAACCCAAAUGAAGUUUAGUCUACUGUUAUAUAUAUAUUUUUUGCAAGACUUUGAUUCUUUCAAUUCUUCCGGGCAUUUCUAGAAUGUCUUUAUAUCUUUCUAGAUAUACCAAUCUGUAUCAAGACAUACCAAUAAAACUGGCUACAGCUGCAAUUUCAAA